AUGGGCCCACGUACCGACUCCUCAUGCUGCUGCCAGGCCCGUAAUCUGUCAUGGGCCCCUGUACCGCCUCCUCAUGCUGCUGCCAGGCCCGUAAUCUGCCAUGGGCCCCCGUACCGACUCCUCAUGCUGCUGCCAGGCCCGUAAUCUGUCAUGGGCCCCUGUACCGCCUCCUCAUGCUGCUGCCAGGUCCAGAGUGUGUCAUGGGUCCCUGUACGGCCUCCCAUUGCUGCUGUCUCCAUCGCCACACUCUGCCAUGUGCCACUUUCAGGUCUCCUCACACUGCUGGUGGGUUCCAUUUUGUCAUAGGGUGCUGGCAGAUUACGGGCCUCCCAUUGCUGCUGCCAGGCCCGUAAUCUGCCAUGGGCCCCCGUACCGACGGGCCCAUCAUGCUGCUGCCA